AUGCUGUCUUCUCGGCUAUUGGCCUCUGCAGGCCGCAGUUGCCUCAUCAAUUCUCUGAGAACACCAACUUCCACUUCUUACUUCAAUACGUGUCGCCGAGCUUUCCUUUCGUCAAGGCGGCCGAAUACUCUCGAUUACAACACGCGCCAUGUCACAGCUUAUUCAAACAUCGCAUCGACGACCACGCCACUACCUCCCAAGUCGACUGACCACAGCGCCUCGAUUCUCCAGCAUGAAGCUGGUGUGGCUCAAGAAGCACCUCCAGUUCCUUACGAACCUCCUAAGUCAGGCUUUCUAUCCUAUCUGCCUGCCUCGUUCGUGCCUUAUGCCGAGUUAAUUCGCAUUGACAAGCCAGUAGGCACUUACUACUUACUUUUUCCUUGUAUUUUCAGUACACUUCUCGCUGCCCCCUUGGCGUCUCCCAUCACCGCCCCUUCAACAGUUCUGGCCACCUCUGCUCUAUUCGCCACUGGUGCACUGGUUAUGCGUGGCGCAGGCUGCACCAUUAAUGAUCUCUGGGACCGAAAUCUAGAUCCGAAAGUUUCUCGAACUCGAUUGAGGCCUAUCGCGCGUGGUGCUAUUUCUCCAGAAGCUGCCAUUGUCUACACUGGCUGUCAACUCUUGACUGGUUUGGCUGUACUCCUGCAAUUCCCAUUCGAGUGCUUCUUCUACGCCACGCCCUCUUUACUCUUGGUAUCGACAUAUCCUCUUGCAAAACGCGUUACCAAUUAUCCCCAAGCCGUUCUUGGUCUGACCUUCUCCUGGGGUGCCAUUAUGGGCUUUCCUGCCCUGGGCGUCGAUCUGUUAUCAAACCAUGCCGCGCUUACUGCUGCAGCUUGUUUGUACUCUUCAAACAUUGCAUGGACUAUCCUCUACGACAUGAUCUACGCGCACCAAGAUAUCAAAGAUGAUGCAAAGGCUGGUAUCAAGUCGAUUGCUCUCCGUCACGAAAAGAAUACCAAGGCAGUGCUCAGUGGCUUGGCUGUUGUUCAUGCCACUUUGCUGGCUGCUGCUGGGGCAGCAAUUGGAGCUGGUCCCAUAUUCUAUAUUGGCACUUGCGGAGGCGCUCUGUUUACGACCGCAAACAUGAUCUGGAGAGUGCGCUUGAGUAGCGUGAAGAACUGCUGGUGGUGGUUCAGAAACGGAUGCUGGAUGACUGGCGGUGCAAUCACUCUGGGGCUUACAGGAGAGUAUCUUGCACACUACCUCGGAUGGUACGAAAACGAAUCCCGCUGA